CAGCGGCGGCUUUUCACACACGUACAGCGCUCGGAUGGAGCCGCCAGUCUGUGCGCCUCCGACAGACGAGGAGCCCACGCUGCGGGUUUGAAGUGCGAGUCCGCGCCAGGGCGCACGAUGGGCCGCGCAUAACCUUCCUUCCUUCCUUCCUUCCUCCUCCUCCUCCUCUUCCCCACCUGGAAGAAGCCGGAGAAACGCGGUCCGCGCGCUGACACGCUCCACAAGAGCCGCGUGACGGGGAAGUUUACGCGCUGAAUCCGACGCAAGGGCUCCCUCACUUUGAAUGAAUGACGCCGCAGACACGCGGGUCCUCUCCACGCCGAAAGGAUCGGAGCCUUGACUGAUAAGAUUGCGCGGUGUUUUUUUGUUUUUUUUUUGAGUGUAUGAGAAGAGCCGUGCCGGAGCGAGCGGAACCGGGAGAGGUGGACGCAAAAGAAACAUGUGAAAACUUCUGCGAAACCUCGGCCUGCAAGUUAGCCCUCGAGAAGAAAAAGGCACUCACCUCUACUCUUCCUCACGUUCGUUCUCCCUGCUUACUAAGCAGUUUCCUUGCAGGUCUGUCAAAAAUGGAGGGCCAGUGGGCUGCACGCACAACAUCAUCACCCUAUCGUACAUAUGGUGCAACAGCCGCUCUGCUGGGACUCUGGCUUCUAGCAGUCCCAGCCGAAUCAAGUGGGCAGACCUUCACCAGCUUCCACCCUGAAAGACGGGACUGGGUUUUUAACCACCUCACGGUUCACCAAACCACCGGUUCUCUGUACAUCGGAGCAGUCAACCGGGUUUACAAGUUGUCAGGAAACUUGACCCUCCUUGUUUCCCAUGACACAGGCCCCGAGGAUGACAACAAGGCCUGCUACCCUCCUCUGAUUGUCCAGCCAUGCUCUGAGCCCCUUGUUUCGACCAGCAACGUUAACAAGCUUCUUCUGAUCGAUUAUUCUCAGAAUCGGCUGCUGGCCUGCGGCAGCCUCUACCAGGGAGUCUGCAAACUCCUGCGGCUGGACGACCUCUUCAUCCUUGUGGAGCCCUCCCACAAAAAGGAGCACUACCUCUCAAGUGUCAACCAAACAGGGACCAUGUAUGGGGUCAUCGUGCCUUCACAGGGCCAAGAUGGCACUCUCUUCAUUGGUACGGCGGUUGAUGGUAAACAGGACUACUUCCCCACUAUUUCCAGUCGAAAGUUACCGCGGGAUCCGGAAUCCUCCGCCAUGCUUGACUAUGAAAUGCAUACAGACUUUGUCUCGUCCCUCAUCAAGAUCCCGUCUGACACGCUGGCCCUGGUCUCCCACUUUGACAUCUACUAUGUUUACGGCUUUGCAAGCGGGAACUUUGUUUACUUCCUGACUGUCCAACCAGAGAUCCCAGAGAACAGCAUGUCAUCCAGUGGAUCCAACAACGACCUCUUCUACACCUCUCGCAUCGUUCGCCUCUGCAAGGACGAUCGGAAGUUCCACUCCUACGUCUCACUGCCCAUCGGCUGCGUGAAGAACGGCGUUGAAUAUCGGCUCCUGCAGGCCGCAUACCUCGGCAAGCCAGGCCGCAUUCUCGCCAGCUCUCUAGGUAUCAGCGCCCAAGAUGACGUACUAUUCACCGUCUUCUCCAAGGGCCAAAAGCAGUUCCACCGACCGCCAGAUGACUCAGCACUCUGUGUCUUCACCAUCCGGGAAAUCAACGCAAGAAUUAAGGAGCGCUUGCAGUCCUGCUACCAGGGGGAGGGAAACCUGGAGCUCAACUGGCUCCUCGGGAAAGAUGUGCACUGUACCAAAGCGCCGGUUCCCAUCGAUGACUCCUUCUGUGGUCUGGACAUCAACCAGCCGCUCGGCGGUUCUCAGCUGGUCACUGGCCACACGCUCUUCACUGAGACUCGGGACCGUAUGACGUCUGUGGUUUCCUACGUCUACAAUGGCUACUGCGUCGCUUUUGUGGGCACGAAGAGCGGACGUCUGAAGAAGAUCCGUGUGGACGGACCGCCUCACGGCGGCGCCCAGUACGAGACGGUACCGGUCAUAAAGGACGGCAGCCCGGUCCUCAGAGACAUGGCCUUCUCCCUGGACCGCAGCUUCCUCUAUGUCAUGUCUGAGAGACAGGUCACUCAAGUCCCCAUCGAGUCAUGUGAGCAGUACGAGACCUGUGGAGAGUGCCUGAGCUCCGGAGACCCCCACUGUGGCUGGUGUGUUCUCCAUAACAUGUGCUCCCAGAAGAGUCGCUGUGAGCGCGCGGAUGAGCCGUAUCGAUUCGCCGCCUCUCUUAACCAGUGCGUGAAGGCCGCCGUCUAUCCGGACAGCAUUGCUGUGUCAGAGCCCAGCGUGCCGCUGCUGGUAAAAGUCAGUGACGUUCCGGACCUCUCUGCCGGCAUCACCUGCUCUUUCGGUAACUUAACGGAGGUGGAGGGCCAAGUCAACGGCAACCAGAUCCUCUGCGUGUCUCCUGCAGCCAAAGACGUCCCUCUCAUCCCCACUGACCAAGACUGGUCAGGCGUGGAUCUGAGGCUCAACUCUAAAGAGACUGGUCAGAUGCUAAUCAGCACCGAAAUCAAGUUUUACAACUGUAGUGUUCACCAACUGUGUCUGUCAUGUGUGAACAGCGCUUUCCUCUGCCAUUGGUGCAAAUACCGGAACCUGUGCACCCACGACCCCUCCAGCUGCUCCUUCCAGGAGGGAAGAGUCAACACCUCUGAGGACUGUCCCCAGCUGGUCCCUUCUGAGGAGAUCCUCAUCCCAGUUGGGGAGGUGAAGCCAAUAACCCUGAAGGCCAAGAACCUGCCACAGCCCCAGUCUGGCCAGCGAGGCUAUGAAUGCGUCCUUCACAUCCAGGGGGUCAGCCAUCGAGUCACGGCGCUCCGCUUCAACAGCUCCAGCGUGCAGUGCCAGAACAGCUCGUAUCUGUACGAGGGCAUGAAGAUCAGUGAGCUGCCUGUGGAGUUCUCUGUGGUGUGGAACGGCAACUUCAUUAUCGACAACCCAGAGAAUAUCAAAGUGCACCUGUACAAGUGCGCCGCCCAGCGGGACAGCUGCGGCCUGUGCCUGAAGGCGGACAGGAAGUUCCAGUGCGGCUGGUGCAGCGAGGAGGGGAGGUGCACGCUGCGCCACCACUGCCCCGCCAUCAACCCCUACACCACGCGCUGGCUCAACCUGUCCAGCAGGAACGUGAAGUGCACCAACCCACGCAUCACCGAGGUGACACCAGUGGCUGGACCGCCUGAGGGAGGCACACGAGUGACCAUUUACGGCACCAACCUCGGCCUGUCUUUCUCAGACAUGGAGGACAAUGUGCAGGUGGCAGGGGUCCAGUGUACCCCCGUAGAGGAUGGAUACAUUAUCGCUGAACAGAUCGUCUGUGAGAUGGCCGCCGCUCCUGCGAGCAGCCGGCCCGGCCCGGUCCAGCUGUGCGUGGGGGAGUGCAAACCGGAGCUCAGCACCCGCUCCUCGCAUCUUUACUCCUUCGUGACCCCAACAGUGACAGGGCUGUCCCCCAGCCGGGGGCCGGAGUCUGGAGGCACCAAAGUGACCAUAAUGGGGGAAAACCUGGGAGCCGGCAGUACCGUCAACGUUCAGUUUGGGAACCAGACCUGCGAGUUCUUCAGACGGACCACAACGGAGAUCGUGUGCUACUCCGCCCCAUCCUUGUUUGGCAUCGGCCCGGUCCAGAUCAGCGUGCGUGUGGAUCACGCCAGAAUCCGAGAGAGCCUCCCUUUCGAGUACAUAGAGGACCCCACUGUGCUGCGCAUUGAACCCGACUGGAGCAUCGCAAGUGGAAACACCCCGCUAAUGGUAACUGGAACCAACCUGGAUGUGGUUCAGGAACCACGGAUCCGGGUCAAGUACGCCGGCCGCGAGUCCAUCAACGUCUGUAAGGUGCUGAACACCAGCACUUUGAGCUGCUUUGCUCCCUCCCUCAUGGUGGAGUACCAACCGGGCUUGGACACGGUCAAACACGCAGACGAGUUCGGCUUCAUCUUCAACAACAUCCAGGCGCUGCUUGUUUACAACAACACCAACCUCCUCUACUACCCCAACCCCUAUUUUGAACCUCUCAGCAACACCGGUGUCUUGGAGCAAAAACCAGGAUCUCCGAUCAUUCUCAAGGGUAGAAACCUGGUUCCUCCAGCAGCAGGAGGGGUCAAGCUGAACUACACAGUCCUGAUUGGAGAGACUCCCUGUUCCGUCACCGUGUCUGAGAGCCAACUGCUGUGUGAGCCGCCCAACCUAACCGGCCAAUACAAAGUCGUGGUUCAAGUGGGCGGCCUGACCGUUUCUCCCGGAGCUGUCCACAUCAUGUCUGACAGCUUGCUGACCCUCCCCGCCAUAGUUAGCAUCGCAGCAGGUGGCGGGCUCCUGCUCAUUAUCGUCAUCCUCGUCCUCAUCGCCUACAAGAGGAAGUCCCGGGAGAACGACCUCACCCUGAAGCGCCUGCAAAUGCAGAUGGACAACCUGGAGUCACGAGUCGCCCUGGAGUGCAAGGAAGCCUUUGCUGAGUUGCAGACAGACAUCAACGAGCUCACCAGUGACCUGGACAGGGCUGGCAUCCCUCACCUGGACUACCGAACGUACGUCAUGAGAGUCCUCUUCCCCGGCAUCGAGGAUCAUCCGGUCCUCAGGGAGCUGGAGGUGUCGGGUAACGGCCAGCAGAGCGUGGAGAAGGCGCUGAAGCUCUUCGGCCAGCUCAUCAACAACAAAGUCUUCCUGCUCACCUUCAUCCGCACGCUGGAGAUGCAGCGCUCCUUCUCCAUGAGGGACCGCGGGAACGUGGCCUCGCUCAUCAUGACCGCCCUGCAGGGGCGGCUGGAGUACGCCACCGACGUCCUGAAGCACCUGCUGUCCGACCUGAUCGACCGCAACCUGGAGAGCAAGAACCACCCCAAACUGCUGCUGCGCAGAACGGAAUCGGUUGCAGAGAAGAUGCUCACAAACUGGUUUGCCUUCCUCCUUCACAAAUUCCUCAAGGAGUGCGCGGGGGAGCCUCUGUUUAUGCUGUACUGCGCCAUCAAGCAGCAGAUGGAAAAGGGGCCCAUCGACGCCAUCACUGGAGAGGCCCGGUACUCCCUGAGCGAGGACAAGCUCAUCCGCCAGCAGAUCGAGUACAAAACCCUGAUCCUGAACUGCGUGAACCCCGACAAUGAAAACAGUCCGGAGAUCGCAGUGAAAGUGCUGAACUGUGACACCAUCACCCAAGUGAAGGAGAAGAUCCUGGACGCCGUUUACAAGAACAUGCCCUACUCCCAGAGACCCCGCGCCGUCGACAUGGACCUCGAGUGGCGCCAGGGACGAAUGGCCCGUGUGGUUUUGCAGGACGAAGACAUCACCACCAAGAUUGAAAACGACUGGAAGAGACUCAACACACUCUUGCACUACCAGGUGUCAGACCGCUCCGUGGUGGCUUUGGUGCCCAAGCAGACGUCCUCGUACAACAUCCCGUCCUCAGCCAGCAUAUCGCGGACUUCCAUCAGCAGAUACGACUCUUCGUUCCGCUAUACGGGGAGUCCAGACAGCCUGCGUUCCCGCGCUCCGAUGAUCACCCCCGACCUGGAGAGCGGCGUGAAGGUGUGGCACUUGGUGAAGAACCACGAGCACGGAGAUCAGAAAGAAGGAGAUCGGGGCAGCAAGAUGGUCUCUGAGAUUUAUCUGACCCGGCUGCUGGCUACCAAGGGCACGCUGCAAAAGUUUGUCGAUGAUUUAUUUGAGACGCUGUUCAGCACCGUCCACCGGGGGAGCACUCUUCCUCUGGCCAUCAAAUACAUGUUUGACUUCCUGGAUGAGCAGGCGGACAAGCACGCCAUUUAUGACACGGACGUCCGCCACACUUGGAAAAGCAACUGUCUUCCGCUGCGCUUCUGGGUGAACGUGAUAAAAAACCCGCAGUUUGUGUUCGACAUCCACAAGAGCAGCAUCACAGACGCCUGUCUAUCUGUAGUAGCUCAGACCUUUAUGGAUUCAUGCUCCACUUCAGAGCACCGCCUGGGAAAAGACUCCCCAUCAAACAAGCUGCUCUACGCUAAAGAUAUCCCCAAUUAUAAGAGCUGGGUAGAAAGGUACUAUGCUGACAUCAGCCGGCUGCCAGCCAUUAGUGACCAGGACAUGAAUGCCUAUUUGGCAGAGCAGGCCAGACUCCACUCCACAGAGUUCAACAUGCUCAGCGCGCUCAACGAGAUCUACUCGUACGUCAGCAAGUACAGCGAGGAGAUCACGGCGGCGCUGGACCAGGACGAGCAGGCCAGGAAGCAGCGCCUGGCCUACAAGGUGGAGCAGCUGAUCUCUGCCAUGUCUCUGGACAGCUGAGGCCGCCUCCCCCUUUCCCGUGAGGGAGGAGGGGGCCGUGGGGACCGACAGGACCCGCAGAACAGGUCGUAACUUACCUCUCAACGUGGGACCCGCAGCCGCGAGCCACACCCCCGAGGGCCUCUGCGUCGACAGCCAGAUGAACAUGCAGCCGCUCUCAUUCUCAACCCCCCCCAACUGGAAAACGGCGGCGGCAUGGAGUCCUCCUGUCAGGAAAGCGGCUUGUGAAACUACAAAUGUCAUCUGAAGGAAAGAGACAAACCAGCAGACGACGAAGAUUGCAUUCAGAUUUUUAUUUUUCUACGCUGCACAUUAAAAAAAAAAAGCGGUUCUGAAAUAUCCGCCGCCGCUGGAGAAAGUCGCAUGGCGGCAAAAAGGAAACUCCUGGUGAUCCGUGUCUUCUCUACUUCCUCUUCGGUUCGCUUCAGUCAAACCAAACUGCUGCUCUGCUUUUAAUCAAAGGUGUACAGGAAAGCCUGGAUUCAGAGAAGGGGGAGGGGCCUUAGGAAGGGGGUGCCAAUGGCGUCGUCCUGCCGUCUGGUCACCUGGUUUGGUUUGGUUUGCCACUAAAUGUUUGUGAAUGUACUUUUUUUUAAAUAGUUUUCUCGCUCCUGAGAGUUUUGCAGAUAGCGUUGCUUCCGUUGAGCUGAGCAGUGUAGAUAUUUACGGCCGAUGUGAAGAACUUCCCAACUCCAGCUCCAGCAUUUUGGUGUUUUAACCCUUGUGCUAUCUUAGAUGACCCCACCCUUACAUUGACGUGUUCUCCCUACCAUGACAAAGGUGGAUAAAGGUGGAAAGAUUUCAUGUAAUCCAUGGACACCAGUGAAGAUCACAAAUCAUUGAAGAAAAAAGGUUCAGAGCACUGUCUUGUGGGUCUAGAUGACCCAACUCCCAAUGUUAAAGUGCCUAGGAUAACACAAGGGUUACACAUUUUUGCCAGAGCAGAGCGCCGAUCUGAGCCGUUUUCCUCAGCGGUGGAGAUGGUGACGCCGGCUACACAGAAGUCUGCUUCAGGUUGGAAAAGCUCCUCUGAGCGUUUGGUUCGACCAAAAACAUCCGAUUCCUGGUUUGGUGUUCAUGCUUUACAUGAGGCGGGGAAAGUGAAAGUAGGAGAAAGUUUGUUUGGGUUCUGAGGCAAAGCGAACAAACUUAAAGGCUGAUGGGAUCUUCCAGACCAAACUGUAGAUGGCACCACUUCCUGGGAUGAACUUGUUUCCUUCCUGUUGGUGUUUGCUUUAAAGGAAAUACUUGAACCGGGUUUAUUUUGAACGCUUGUUCGUCAUGCUGCAGUUGUGCUUAUGUUCUCCGAGGCCUUAGAAACCUCGCCCACUUCCAGUCAUGCAUCUUCAAAAGGGGGCGCUACUCUCCGGAAAACAUUUGGCUACCACAAAGUGAGAGGAAAGGGGACGCAGGAGGUCACGGAGGUCGAUGAGGGGGGCCGUAAAUCCUUGCAACGUGAUCAGACUUUUAAAGGAGGAGGAAUGACGGAUAAAGACUCGACUGAUAGGGAUGGAGGAAUCGAACCAACCGGUCAAGAAAAGCGUAGCUUUUUUUUGGGGGGGGGGUCCACCAGCAGAAGAAACUAGACGUUUUGUGGAACAACCAUUAACUUUUAAAGAGAGCUGGAUUGAGGACUUUGCUGCCUUUUUUUUGGCAAAUUAUUCAAGGCAUAAACUGACCAAUCAGAUGCCUCAAUAAAAGUAGGUGGUCUCACGUUGAAAAUUCAAAACCUUUGAUUGACAGAUUCUCCCGAGUUAUCAAGUGGUGGGAUGUGCCCUACUCAUAAACUCACUCAUGAUUGGCCAGAAUGGUUUCCAUAGAAACGUUGACUCAGACCGUCAAGAGCCAAUCAAUGCGUACUGCCGUUUGCCUCAACAUGGCAGCAUUCGUAUUGUGAAAAAAUGGCAACUUAACUGACCAUAUUUGGCUGGAGCUGGAAGUCAGCCAUUUUCUAUGGAUGAUGUCACUCAGUCCAGCUCCCAAUUACAUUCAAUGGGACUUUUUUCCAUCUUUACUUCAUAAGGAAGGACAGAGAAAAAUUACUCAUAAAAUAACUUCUAACUAAAGUUAUAUAAUCUCUAACUAAUAUUUAAAAUGGCUAAAUCUGCCAAUAGCAAGACAAACAUUACCGUUGCUGUGUGCCAAAUGCCCCGCCCACUUCAUCAAUACCGUAGAGCCCCGCCUCCUCCGUUUGUGUCUUCAGUUUUAUGGUCACGUUUUGGGCUAAAUCAACAUUUCCUGUUUCGUUCAUUUCUUCUAUUUAUGCAACUGUAAGGAAGACCAGAGUUUUGAGCACACAUCUGCAGGGUUCCUGCUCAAAGGAACCAUGGCCGAUGCACACAAACAGAGCAAAGCUUCUUCCUGUCCAUGAAGGCGUCUUCCCAAGUUCAGCGGAUGGAAUUGUAUCUUCCUCAUACCUCACCGAGCUUGCAUGGAGCUGUAGGUCCUUUCCGUCUUUCAGAUGUCCCUCUCUGAGAGAUCAGCUGUAGAUCAGGACGCCGUUUCCUUUGAUUUAUUGUUUGUGCAUGCAGUUUACUUCCUGCUUUAGUCCCGCCCACUCUCUCGCAUCGAUCCGUGCCAAAAUCUAAUCAGACGACAGUUCUUCCAUUUGGAAAAUGUCUUAGAUCACAGCUGAAAGCACCUUUUUUUUGUGAAAGAGAUUUUGUGUGAGUGUUGCUUGUUUGUGUUUCCACACUUAAUUGUGCAGCUCUUUUGAUUUAAUUUAAAGAGAAAGAAGAAAACGCUGGCUCCUCUUUGUUCCUCCUGCAGAGCAGAACAGGAGGAAAGACUCUGAACUCCCACCUCAUUCCAAACCGAGAUUAUUGCUGAAAGGAACUGGCUCGGCACUUUUAUGCUUCCAGCAGAAACGCUCUUGUGGUUGUUUUUUUUUUUCCUUACAGGAAUCCACGCGUCUCUGUGUAUUUUCUGCCUGUUUGAUUGCUCGCUUCUCGCCAUCAGUCAGGGGAAGUGAACUGACCAUCAGCAUAUUACUCUCAGUAUAAAUGAGACCCCGUCACCCCCCCCCCCCCCCCCCCCCUGUAAAGAAACCCUUUGUAGACACUGGAGUUCUGUAAAAUAAUAGAUACUGGCAAUGGUGACGAUGAUAAUAAUAAUGGCUGUCUGUUUUUUUGUUUUAUAAAAGUGUUGUGAAAAUUGUAAGAAAGUAUUUAAAAAAAAAGUUGUGUUUUUUUAUUUGCUUUGAUUAUUAUAUAUUAUUGUGUACUUAUUGUAAAUAUGAAGCACACCUAUUUUGCAAGCCAAGGAUUCUCUUUGUACUGUUGUUAUAUAUAAAUAAACUUUGCUGGGUGAAAAAAACGCCA